AUGGGCUCGACCAAGCGGUCCUCGGAGGCCGCUGACCCGCCCAAGAAGAAGGCCAAGGCGGCCAAGGCGGCCAAGGCGGCGAAGCCGGCAAAGCCGGACAAGCGGGCGGAUCCGGAGGAGAAGCCGGCCGCGCCAGAGCCGGCGGCGGAGCCCGUUGCCGACUGGAUGGAGGACGAGGAGGCGCCCUUUCCUCGCGGCGGCGGCUCGGCGCUCAGCGCGCUCGAGCGCCGUGAGGUGGCCGCUCGUGCGCGCGAGGAUGCCCUCUUCACGGAGGAUCAGGAGGAGGACGAGGACGGCGAUGAGGCUGUCGGCUCCCUCCGCACGCGGCUGGGCGGCUCCUCGGCGGCGUUGGCGGCGCGGCUCAAGGCGUCCGAGCUGACGCCGGGCACGCUGGCCCUCUGCGCAGUGCGCGAGGUCCACUCGAGCCGCGCCAUCCUCUCGCUGCCCGACGGCCAUCUCGGGCUCCUCGAGCGGCUCGAGCUCUCGGACGAGCUGCACGCCGAGAUCGCGGGCGGCGGCGAGGCGGCGCACCCGCCCGACCUGCGCAAGCUGCUCGCGGUGGGAGAGCUCCUCCCCGCGGUCGUCCUCGCGCCGCCCAAGCCCGCGGGCCACGACACGCCUCGCUCCGGCCGCGGCAGCCGCUCGACGCCUCCCUCGACGGUCUCGACCCGCCUCUCGCGCGUCCAGGCGGCGGCGCUGUCGAGCGGGACGGCGCUACCGCGCGGCGCCCUGCUGUGGGGCGUGCUCAAGUCGGUCGAAGA